AUGAUUCUCUCCCAUAACUCCUUCAAUGGUUUUGAGGGUCCUCCGGAAGUGUUCCUUAAUUCGUCACUUGUCUACUUAUAUUUGAAUUCAAACGCCUUUCAAAGAUCUUUUCCUGUGACUCCACCAACCAUGAGGUACAUGGUUGCAUCAAAUAAUGAAUUCACAGGAGAUAUUCCUCGUUCGUUGUGCAAUCCAAGGAACCUGUCAUUCCUUGAUUUAUCAAACAACAAUUUCAGUGGUUCAGUUCCAAGAUGCUUGAUCAGUAAGUCACUAACAGUGUUGAAUCUCCGUGACAACAACCUUGAAAGACUUCCAGACAUAUUCUACAGAAGAAACUCGCUAAAGACACUUGAUGUUGGCCAUAAUCAUAUAAGUGGAAAGCUUACAAGAUCUCUUUUGAAAUGCACUAACCUCGAGGUUCUAAAUGUUGAGAGCAAUAGAAUCACAGAUACUUUUCCGUUCUGGCUGAAGGCUCUACCGAAUCUGCAAGUCAUUAUCUUACGAACAAACAGAUUCUAUGGUCCAAUAUCUUCUCCACCAAAUCCGCUAUCGUUUCCAAAGCUGCACAUAAUUGACAUAUCGCGUAACAGUUUUACCGGAAGUCUACCACCGGACUACUUUGUGAACUGGAGUGCAUCCUUGGUGAACAUCCCUCAAGAUCAUCAACGGCGACCAGAGUACAUGGGAGAUUCUUACUCACUUGGGUUUCAACCAUCCAUGUAUGUGGCUAACAAAGGACUCCACAUAAAGCUGGAGAAAAUCUUAAGAACUUUCGGAGCCAUUGAUUUCUCUGGAAACAGACUUGAAGGACAGAUUCCUGAAUCAAUAGGUCUCUUGAAGUCUCUCAUUGUAGUUGACUUAUCCAACAACAGUUUCACAGGUUAUAUCCCAUCGUCUUUGGGGAAGCUCAUCAACCUUGAGUCACUAGACCUAUCGCAAAACCAACUCUCUGGGAGAAUACCUCAAGAGCUUGCAACCCUCACGUUCUUGGAAUACAUUAACCUAUCUCAUAACAGACUCACAGGCCAAAUACCACAGAGUACACAGAUUGAAGGGCAAAGUAAAUCUUGCUUUGAAGGGAAUCUCGAUCUUUGUGGUCUUCCUCUUCAAAAAGAUUGCUUUGGAGAAAGAGAGAAUGUACCACCAACAACAACACUGACGCAACACUCAAAGCCGUGGAAACAAGAACAAGUGUUGAACUGGAAAGCAGCAGCAAUAGGGUAUGGCCCUGGAGUCUUGUUUGGGGUAGCGAUCGGACAAAUGAUAUCUUCAUACAAACCAGUGUUGUUCUUUAAGUUGUUUCGCCUUUGA